UCGUGGCCUCGCCCGCCCCGCCUUAGCUCCAGCGCUAGAGAGAAACAUGUAUCGUUUCCGAUUACAGCUCUUCACGGGGAUUUCUGCUGCCGCCACCGCCCACUCUUACCCGCGCCGCUUCUCGCCUCUGUUAGUCGAAAACUCACCUCUCAGCCGCCCGCCGCACAGACGCACGAGUAAAAAGUGCAGCUCCAUCGGCUGA